AAUUUGAUCAAAACACAGUUAAGAUGGAAGAAACAGAAAAGCAAACGGAAAUGACAAGAAAUCUCUAAAACGGAAAUCUUGAGCAAAAGAUGGAUCCCGGUAAUAGCAUGUCAUUGCUUCCGUACAUGUUCUCAACACCAUAUUUAUCUCUCCCAAGCUCGCCCUUGACCACCAGAAUGCUAGAGUCAAGAGAGUCGCACCCCUCCCCCUGCGAUUUCGCGCUGAUGGGACUUUCACAAUCCUCCAGGUGGCGGAUAUGCAUUUCGGGAAUGGGAAGUUGACUCGUUGCCGAGAUGUGUUGGAGAGUGAGUUUGAGUACUGCUCGGACUUGAAUACGACUCGGUUUCUUGAGAAGAUGAUUCAGCUUGAAAACCCUGAUUUUGUCGCUUUUACUGGAGAUAACAUAUUCGGGAGUAGCGCUUCUGAUGCUGCAGAAUCUCUGCUUGAAGCUUUUGGCCCGGUUAUGAAAUCUGGAAUUCCUUGGGCAGCAGUUUUAGGGAAUCACGAUCAAGAAUCCACCAUGACUCGCGAAGAGCUUAUGUCUUUCAUAUCCCUUAUGGACUUUUCUCUAUCACAGACCUUUCCGUCAGUUGAAGAGACCUCCAAUCACAACAAACAGCAUCCAGUGCCAAAAAUCGAUGGCUUUGGAAACUUUGAUCUGAGAGUAUGGGGUGCUCCAGGCUCCAGUUUUGCCAAUAGCAGUGUCCUCAAUCUCUAUUUUCUUGACAGUGGGGAUAGAGCCUUCGUUGAUGGGAUUUGGACUUAUGAUUGGAUUAAAGAAUCCCAACUUAACUGGCUUCGUCGUGUUUCUCAGAAAGUUCAGGAACAAAAGCUGGACAGCAAGGAAUCACCUAUAGUUUCUCCACAUUCAACAAUCAGCCCAUCAUUAGCAUUCUUCCACAUUCCAAUUCCUGAAAUCAAACAAGGUCCUAUCUACAAUGUGGUUGGUAAAUAUCGAGAAUGGGUAGCAUGUUCCCUAGUAAACUCGGGAGUUCUUAAUACACUUGUCUCUAUGGGAGAUGUGAAAGCUGUGUUCAUAGGUCAUGAUCACAAAAAUGACUUCUGUGGGACUCUUGGAGGCCUAUGGUUCUGUUAUGGUGGAGGGUUUGGGUAUCAUGGUUAUGGUAAGGCUGGAUGGCCAAGAAGAAGCAGAGUCAUUUUGGCAGAACUUGCGAAAGGGGAAAAGUCAUGGAGUGGAGUAGGAAGGAUCAAGACGUGGAAACGACUUGAUGACGAGAAGCUGAGCAAAAUUGACGAACAAAUCCUUUGGGAGAGAAGGCCUUAGAAGGAUAUGAUGCCAUGAUGUAUAGCAGCUCUAAUGUACCACGGAUAACAAUUUCAUGUAUUGUUGAAUCUUUGUUUCACAUGGAUCUAUCUUUAGGUUAUAGAGAGAUGCUUCCAUUUGAAGAGAGGGGCAAUUUGGAAAACUAAUUAACCUGUUGGAGGCGUAAAGUCAUUCUGAAAUUGCAGAAAGUCACAAGUUUUAAUAGUUUUUUCCGCAUAAA